AUGUCUUGUUUGGACUGUUCCUGUAUUCUACGUACACCAGUUGAAUCAAUCAGACCAGAAGAGCUAUCUCAGAGCAGCCUCCAUGAAUGCCUGGCUGAUUCUGAUCUAGCCUGGAUUCCCUCAUCUACGGGAAGGAAUGAAAUGGUAUUUUGCUCUUCUAAUGUCUCUCACUAUGAACUCCAGCUGGAAAUAGGAAGGAGGUUCAACAACUUAACUUCAGUCUACCUUGCACGGCACACGCCUACAGGCACGCAAGUUGCUGUAAGGAUCACAGACCUAGAAAAUUGCUCUGAAGACCAUUUGAAAGCCUUACAGAAUGAGGUGGUUUUAUCCCACUUUUUCCAGCAUCCCAACGUAAUGACACUUUGGACGGUGUUUACAGCUGGUAGUUGGCUUUGGGUCAUCUCCCCAUUCAUGGCCUAUGGUUCAGCUAGACACCUGCUGAAGACUUACUUUCCUGAAGGAAUGAGUGAAGCUUUGAUAGGGAACAUUCUGUUUGGUGCAAUCAGAGGAUUAAAUUACAUGCAUCAGAAUGGCUACAUUCACAGGAAUAUUAAAGCUAGCCACAUUCUGAUUUCAGCAGAUGGGCUGGUUUCUCUCUCUGGCUUAAACAACCUCUACAGUUUAGUUAACAAUGGACAAAAGUCAAAGGUGGUAUAUGAUUUCCCCCAGUUUAGUACAUCUGUGCUUCCUUGGCUGAGUCCUGAACUACUGAGACAGGAUUUGUCUGGGUAUAACAUGAAGUCUGACAUUUACAGUGUGGGAAUUACAGCAUGUGAAUUGGCCAAUGGACAUGUUCCAUUUCAAGAUAUGCCUCGCACUCAGAUGCUGCUCCAAAAGCUGAAAGGUCCCACAUACUGUCCUUGGGAUAUAAAUACCCUUCCCCACGGGGAAUCCAGGAUGAAGAAUUCCCGAUCAGGUGUUGAUUCUGGAAUUGGUGAGAGCAUGACACGCACAAUGACCAGUGAAAGACUACAAAUUCCCUUUUCCAAAACGUUUUCACCUGCUUUCCACAACUUGGUAGAACUUUGUUUGCAACAGGACCCUGAGAAAAGGCCAUCAGCAAGCAGUUUGCUUUCGCAUACGUUCUUCAAACAGAUAAAAGAACAAACACAGAAUUCACUGCUGUCUCUAUUACCACCUCCUCUUCAAAAUAACAGAUCAGAGUUCUUGGCAAUGCCCUCAACAGCAGUUGGGACUGAACUUGGACAUAUUACUGCAAAUCAAGGUGAUGCAGACUGGGAAUUCUAAAUAAAUACCAAAUAAUCAUACCUCUCCUGUGCUUCAAAGAAGGAAAAUGUGAUUUGUAUUUGCUGCUUUAGUUUGUAUGGUUAAAAUACAAUUAGACAAAGUAUACUUGAAAAUGCCAUUGAAGUCGCCAUAUUUCAUUAAGUACUUCCUCUGUUGGCAUCAUGAAGUGCAGUGUGCCUCACUUUCUGACUGUAAGGAAAACUGUAUAGAGAAUGGAUGAAUGCUUAUCUCCUUAUUUCAAAAUAUUUCUUAAUAAGAGAGUUCCUGCUGUAAUCUUACUCUAUUUUCAGCUCAUAUUGCUGCAGUCCAUGUGCCUUUCUGAAUUCAGGGCUGGGUUUUGUCUGUGACCUUAAACAAUCUAUUUGUCUUUUCAUUAUCACCCAAAAUAUUUUAGUAAGGAAAAAUCCUUCACUUCCAAGUCUUGAGUUUGAAACUGGACAAAUUAGUUGCUUAUGCAAAUAAAUGUUUCUCUUU